AUGCCGGUCGACUAUCGUCUAAGGAAGGGAGCGUACGUGGGUGAUGUUACUGCCCUUUGUGUGCUACCACUAUCACAGGGGGACAGAGGAGCCGGGACAACAGCUCACGGUAACAGUACACCAGAGGGCAGACGCGAAACGCUUCUUGUUGUUGGUGUCGGUGCGAGUUUGCAGUGCUACCAUCCGGUCAGUGGCAAAGGCGAGCUUCCCAUACUGGUCGCGCCAGUCUUCAGCGUUGCACGGAUACAUGGGAUCGUGUCCGCUUCUAGCCUCCAAUCUAACCCGAAUGGAUUGUCUGCUAAAAAUGACGUUCACCGUGUCAGCGAGCGAGCAAUCAUCGUCUGGGGUGAAAGGCGUGUCGCCCUGGUUGGAUUGUAUAGCUUGGAUAACACCAAAGUCGAAGGUCGUCGAGUGCGCGUCUUAGCUAACUUGCCACCACGCGGUAACUGGGUGCACGAUGUUAUUCCUCUUGCGCAAGCUUCAAGAACCCAGUGGCCCACCGUUGCUGUAGGAUUGGCUGACAACUGUGUGGAGCAGUGGACAGUUCACUUCAAACUAGACAACCAAAAUUGCUGCCCACAGUGUCUACGCCGCGUAGAAUGUUCCAUGCCCUCAAUGUUAUACACCCUUGCUCUGCGUGGCACCUCGAUGGCUAAUUUGGAGGUCGUUGGUGGCACAAUAUUUAACGAGGUUCAGGUGUGGAAAAUACAGGCUGAAACUCCUUCACACACCGUUUAUCAACUAGAGCCUUUCGCAGUGUUUCGAGGGCACGAGGGGAGCAUUAUGCGUGUUUCAUGGGCUUCUCGUGGGAAUGAAAUCUAUUCUACUUCUGACGAUCGUACAGCCUGUAUUUGGGCUGUUCCAGAUCGACCCUUUAUCUCAGGUACUAUGGCAAAACCUGUAUGCAUAGGAGGGGCACAAGUCACAGUGUUCGGACAUACCGCUAGAGUAUGGGACUGUAAACUUAUGAAGGUUGCGAACCGUUCGCUCAUGUUUACUGCGGGGGAGGACUGCACCGUUCGAAUUUGGGAGUUACCAUGUGCUGACAUAUCAAAACUGUCUGAAAAGCAAUGCCUCGAUAGGCCAGUUGCCGUUCUCCGAGGUCACAAGGGACGGGGAGUAUGGCGUAUUCUUCCGCUAGAGUUACCCGGAAAACGACCGUUCCUUUUAUCAGCUGGUGCUGAUGCGUCCAUAAAACUAUGGAAUCUGUCAGAAUACUCGUUAGAUAAAUCACGGUCAGCAGCACCUACUCAUGCACCAUUAACCUCCGUGAAUCACGUAGCAUCAUCAUUGACGACUAAAACACAACCUUUAGAAUUUUUAGAAGUCCUGGAUCAAAACCGACCAGUCAAGGGCACUACUUCCAACAAUCCUUCUCAGUACGACCAACUCAUUGGAUCUUCUGCCCUUGAACCAGAGACCCUAUUAAUGAAGAGGGGUGUAGUAAAUUGCCGGAUGCAACAAGGUACUGGCGAGCAUAUAUGCGCACUAUGUCUGGCUUCACCUGCAGUUCUUUACGCUGCUACAACUAGUGGCCUAGUUCACAGGAUAGACGUAGAUGAGCAUAGCUGGAGAUGGCGAAACGUUUAUUGUUCUGCAGUAGAGGUGGAUAUCAUUUCGCUCGCAGUAUUGGAAUCGUCUGAAUCUGUCAGUGGACAUGAACGCUUGGCGAUUGGUGAUGCACGCGGGCGAGUUGUUAUUGUAUCAGUGUCAGACAACAAGUCAAAGAUUCAGAGUCUCUGGCAAGCGAGUAGGCCCCGUAGACUCCUUGACGUAUUUUCGUGCCGUAUUUCUGAUGAGCCAAAUCGCGGGAGCCUCAACGGAAUACUAUUUGUAUCUGAGGUAGGGGGUAAAAUCACGGUCUGGGUUGAAUAUCUAUUGAAAGAGAAACGUGGACUGUCUAUCCAUUGGGCAUUUGCUUGCAAGGCUUCAAACUCUUUUCGUUGCCGUGUUUUAGCCGUUGCUCACCAUAUAUCUGGGCUAGUACUUCUUGGUGACAGUGCCGGAAAUGUUUGUGCAUUUGACGGAAGAGUUAUUUUUAAAGCGAAAGCAGCAUUUACUGGAAGUUGUGCAUCCGUGCGGCCAGCGCGGCUCCCUCCUUUAGCAGUGAUGUGUGCUGUACAUGGAACGCGUGCCGUUUCUUUUGUGGCCGCACAUUGGGCCGCUACCAGCCAUGGCCAUGAGAUUGAACGCCACAAAGCCAGCCAUCUGUUGGGCAAUAUCGAGUGUACAUCUGGUGGCCGAGAUGGAUGCUUGUGUACUUCAGUACUCCAGCUAACCAGAUCCAAGAAUGAGUUCAUGGAGCAGAAAUUGUUGACAGAAGGCCGAAAGGAAGGGCAUGGCAGGGCUGCCUCGGUCGGAAUCAAAGUUCUUAAAACCUAUGAACAUAAUAUGUACCACUUUUGCAGUGUGUCAAGGCACCAAAUCGCUGAAAUAUCUUCUGUGGAAGUGCUUUCAUGGGCCAAUUCCUCCCUUUCCUGGUUUAUGAACGAAUCUCCAUCUCUGGUGGCUGGGUUUAAACAGGCAGACUUUUUGAUACACAGUCUGACAGACAAGUGCGAGUUGCUUCGCUUAUCUUGCGGUGGCUGGCGCAGGCCACAUUCUUUUUUUUUGGAAGCUGCCUCAGCUCGAGGCUUCAAAUUCACUUUCGCAUUUUAUAGAGAGCAGAGACUCACAGUGUGCUAUAGACUCAAGAACCAAUUGAAUAGCAAAGUCAGCCACAGAAGUUGCCUUCCACAGGAAAAGCACACCUUCAAUACAUGGUUUCAUGGGUGCGAUCCCAUGCCCUCCCCUGAAAUGUAUUUCACCCAGUCUGGGAUAACUUUUUCUUUGAUACACUCAAUGUUUCCCGUCUUAAACAUCAGUCGCGAGAUACAUACAAUAUGUGUUGUGCCUCCGCCUGUUCACUCUUCAGGCACAUCGUCAGCACUGCCGUUGGGCUUACUAACAGGUUCUGAGGAUGGCUCAAUUCUUUCCACAGUGUAUUCAAAGAAAGAUUCUAUGCUUGAUCGAUAUAUCUCAACAGAGGUAGGGUCACACGCUGGUGGUACAUCUGUACGUGCAAUGAGUCUCCUGCCUGAGUGUGCAGGAGGAGGGCUAGGUUUACACCUUAUUUCCGAACACACUCCGAAAUCAUUUAUUUUGAUCACGGCAGGUGCCAAAGAAACACUCAUGGCUUGGCGUGUCGCAUGGAUUGAUCCUGUAACGUUUCAAUAUCCCAUGAGCAAUUCUGCGACUUCUAGAGUUGGCUGGCAACUAAAAACAACACUACUGACUGUGCAGAGCCAGUUUACCAGCAAAAAUCGGGCUUUGGAGAAAAGGAACUCAGCGAGUAUGUCUACUGAUUCUGAUCAGCGUCUACUGUCCAUAACGGGUUUCGUUCCAAUUGAAUUCGAUGCACAACCCGUAUGUUCUACAGAUCCCGAAUUCACUUGUAUGGCUGUUACAGCCAACUCAAAAGGUUCUCUUUUAGCUUUGGCUUUAACUCGAGAAAUUGGGAGCCCCGGCACAGGGUGUUGGCGCGAAGUUGGCAGGCUUGGACAACAUAAAUGUCCUAUACUCACAGUCGCCGUAACCGCUGUUAAUAUAGAUACUCGUGAUCGUGAUACUGCAGUCAUAGCAUGUAGUGGGGCCACAAACGGGACUCUUGCGAUUUGGGAUCUUACACCACUCUGUCCCUCUGGUAAAGUCAUGCCCAGUGCUCUCAAAGCCCACGACGAUAUCGCAGUGUUGGAGCCUGCAGCCAUCAUCACUUCACUGCACCAGUCGGGGAUAAACGCAGUUUCUUUGAUGCAGGCACCUAAAAAUCCUGGCAUUUUUUUGUUGGCUAGUGUGGGUGAUGAUCAGGCGCUCCGUGUGACAAUGUUGUCCACUGAAUUCUCUGCCAAGGAGGUGAACAAGGAAAUCCAGGAAGGUUGUAUAAAUAUGUCAGUGACAAUCAUUAAGACAUUUUCCAUAGAUUUCGCGCAUAGUUCGGCGAUUAAAGCAGUUUGGAUGGAGCAUGGAAUAAUUGCCACUACAGCUCAAGAUCAACGCCUUAGGUUGUGGCGAGUUGUCACCGAAGCUGAUACUGAAAAUUUGGGCGAAGAAAUAAGUGCGAAAAUGAAGAAUUUGCGCGUGGUUCCACUGGUGGGUAGUUUUGUUGAAUGUCCUGAGCCAGAGAGUUUAGACGUAUGGUUUAGCGGUUCUUCUUCCUGUGAGGAACUUUUCAUUGCUGUGUCAGGACGGGGAGCACAGGUGUUCCACCUGCAAACCGAGUGAUGUAUCCUGUCAGUUCUCACGGCUGUUCUUGUUCCUGAUUUCAUGUUGCAAGUUCGCAGUUGAGAUCACGCCAAUUUACGACCAGGCCAUUCAUUUCCUAUAUUUUGCAGCAGCAGAGGAAGGGCUUCUAGUUUUAGGCUGUUGAUUUUUUCACCAAGAAGUUCUGUAGCACGCGAGGCAACCACGAAAAGUUGUAAAAUUUGCACAUUGAGCUUUCCUUGGAAGAGAACUCCCUCGAAUAAGUUCAUUUGAACGUCCUCAGGAAGUGCAUCCAUUUGCUCGGGUGUAAGAUCUUGAACAUGCGAUAAGAGCACGUCAAAACUAAGCUGCAGUAGAGUGGGGAACACAUAACCUGGACUUUGAGAUAUAAACGGAGCAAACGUACUCGUACUAGUACACGAUCUGAUCAUAGUUCUUUUUAGAAGUCUUGAUAGAAUCGCAGGUAAAUUGACAGAGCUUGCACGAUUACCCCACGGCUGAGGAACUGAACGAUUCGAGGCGUGACAUGAGG